GCCUCUAGCGCGCGCACCCUCGCGCGCCCUCCCCUCCAGACACCACCAGCGCGUGCCUCCACUUGCGCGUGCCAUAAAACUUUUCCAUAUAAAAGCGUGUCGUCACUCUCCGCUCUCUGAGUGUUAGGAUGCUCUCCUCUCAGAACGGCUCGAACCUGACCAGCGGGAACUGGACCAAUCAGUUCGCGCAGCCGCCGUGGCGCGUGGCGCUCUGGUCGGUGGCGUACAGCAGCAUCCUGGCGGUGGCCGUGUUCGGGAACCUGGUGGUCAUGUGGAUCAUCGUGGCGCACCGCAGGAUGCGCACCGUCACCAACUACUUCCUGCUGAACCUCGCCUUCUCCGACGCCUCCAUGGCCGCCUUCAACACGCUCAUCAACUUCAUCUACGCCGCGCACGGGGACUGGUACUUCGGAGAGGCCUACUGCAAGUUCCACAACUUUUUCCCGGUCACCUCGGUGUUCGCCAGCAUCUACUCCAUGACCGCCAUCGCCGUGGACAGGUACAUGGCCAUAAUCCACCCACUGAAGCCUCAUCUCUCAGCUACGGCCACUAAAGUGGUGAUUGUGUGUAUCUGGGUGUUGGCAGUAGUGCUGGCGUUCCCACUCUGCUUCUUCUCCACCGUCUGGAAAUUACCCAAGAGGACUUUGUGCUACGUGGCGUGGCCUCAACCCGAGGAUGACCCCUUUAUGUACCACAUCAUCGUGAUGUUGCUGGUAUACAUGCUGCCUCUAGUGGUGAUGGGAAUCACAUACACCAUCAUUGGCGUGACGCUUUGGGGAGGUGCGAUUCCUGGAGACUCGUCAGACAAUUAUAACGGACAACUGCGCGCCAAAAGGAAGGUGGUGAAGAUGAUGAUCAUUGUAGUCAUAACCUUCGCCAUCUGCUGGCUGCCGUAUCACGUCUAUUUCCUGAUCACGGGCCUGAACAAGGCGCUGGUUAAGAAGAAGUCCAUCCAACAGGUCUACCUGUCAGUCAUGUGGCUGGCCAUGAGCUCCACCAUGUACAACCCCAUCAUCUACUGUUGCCUUAACAGCAGGUUCCGAGCGGGUUUUAAGCGAGCGUUGCGCUGGUGUCCGUUUGUUCGCUUGUCCAGUUACGAUGAUCUGGAGCUGAGGGCUACGCGCAUGCAGGCGACACGCCAGAGUAGCAUGUGCAUGCUGUCACGUGUCGAUACCACCAUGAUGGUCAUGAGCGAUUCCACGGAGGGCCCGACCAAACGCAGGAGCCUCAUCAGCCACCACCCCCACCACAACGGCUGCUCGCACCCCGCCAAGAGAAGCACGAUGUACACGCCAAGCAACCCUCACGACGACUUCUGCUGACGAAUGUCCAUCCGUAAGAAUCCGUAACAAGCAUUCGAUCAGAUCCAUCAUUCGGUCUUAUUGCCAUCGAGCUUUAACAUCAAGACUGUUAAACCGAGGUAAAUGAACUAUUAGUAUUCGCAUUAGCGUGAGAUUAACCAGCAUUAUAAUUGGUGUGGUUUGCUAGUUGGGUUGGGCAAUUAUUCCAAAAACAAGGGAAACAAAAAUCCCUGCUUUUAUAGUUGAGCAUGUUUACAUUACAAACCUUGUCAGGUUUUAUCAUAAAGCAUAAUAAUUCAUUGAUUAAAUUAGUUAAUUACCAAAAAUAAAUUAUUCCUAAUUUGGAUAAAAUAUGUAAGGAAUCAUGAAUAUAGAUUUAAGGUCAAUUUAAUUUAUACACGUUUAUACAGUAUGGUCUGUACGUCUUUGAUUACGUGGAUGACAUGGAGGGUUUAUGUAUUGUAAUCAGACCACAUGUAAUCAUUUCAUCUUUAUAUUUACUCGUCCUUCUGUCUCCUUCGUGAUUUCUAGUGUUUUUGUUAUUGUCCAAGAAAAAAAAUAUGAGACUUGUAAAAAUUCUCUCCAGGCUUGUUAUCUCGGUCCAGUGUUUUCCAGCCCAGCAGCUGAUUGCU